CCAUUAUUAAUUUUCGGUCAAAACAAGCAACAUCGUUGGAGAAAGAGGCGAUACGGAAAGGCACAAUAUAAUAACUUUAAACUACACCUAAAAUUUAGGACAUUCUAAAACAAGUAUAACCAAUCAUGAGUUUGGCAAAAAUAUUUGGGUCUGGGAAAAAAAAAGAGGCAGCCCCAACAACUCAAGAAGCUAUUCAAAAACUUAGAGAAACGGAAGAUAUGCUGACGAAGAAAACAGAUUUCUUGGAGAAGAAAAUUAAAAAUGAAAUAAUAAUUGCUAAAAAGGCAGGCACAAAAGACAAAAGAACUGCAUUAAACGCGUUAAAAAGAAAAAAAAGGUUAGAAAAACAACUGCAGCAAAUAGAUAAUACGCUCUCCACCAUUGAGCUUCAACGCGAAACGCUUGAGAAUGCAAACACAAAUACAGAAGUGUUAAAGUCAAUGGGGGUAGCUGCAAAAGCACUGAAGAGUGCGCAUCAGCAAUUAGAUGUUGAUGAUGUUCAUGAUAUGAUGGACGAUAUAUCAGAACAAACAGAACUAGCCAAUGAAAUAUCAGAAGCUAUAUCAAGUUCUGUUGGUUUUGGUCAAGAUAUUGAUGAGGACGAAUUAAACGCAGAGUUGGAGGAGCUCGAACAGGAAGACCUCGAUGAAGAAAUGCUUAAACUUGGAGGUGCUCCAAUGCAAGAUUUACCAACAGUACCAGACACAGAGAUUCCCCAACCAAAUAAAUCAAAAGCAAAGAAAGUCGAGGAUGAGGACGACAUGGCAGAGUUAGCUGCAUGGGCUUCUUAAACACACAUCGUUAGAUCAUCCUUUCCGUUAAGAUAAACUUUUUUACACAGCCUUUCUAUUUUAACUCAGUAGUAAGAAAUUGCCGAGACAAUAACCUUUGUGAUGAAUCUUCAACUAACGUUCAUCGAGGUUCGCCUCAACAAUUUGUUGAAUUAGAAAGGCUGUUAUGGGGAAAUGUAUUCCAGUGAAUAUAUUCCAGUAAAUAUAUGAAGAUUAAUCAAUGCAAUGGCAUCCUUGUGAGGUGAUUUUAACAAUAGCUGUAUGCUAAAAAAUAUUGAAUCUAGAUUGCGUAUACGUGUAAAAUUUCUUUUCUAUCGCUUCUUUUUGCCAUAAAUCAAUCUAUGCUGCUUGUAUUUUUUAUAUAUGUCGUUGUAGAAACAUUAAAAAUUAUAAAUAUAUGUUAUUUCCAUGUUUAUUUUUUAA